UUAGUACUGCUGCUGCUUGCUGGGGCGGACAGGUGCUGCUGCUGACUCACUCAUCGCCACGGCCCUCCCUCUUAGGACUGUGUCCGUAUACAUCUUGCAUUGAAGUAAUGCAAUAGAGAAACUGUAUAAUACUGCCGAGAACCUUGUGACCACGUAUUUUAAAUGCAAGAGAGAAACUGUAUAAUGCUGCCGAGAACCUUGUGACCACGUAUUUUAAAUGCAAGAGAGAAACUGUAUAAUGCUGCCGAGAACCUUGUGACCACGUAUUUUAAAUCCAUCAGAAUUGCAUGUAAAUGGGACACGCUGCUUAACAGUAAGUGCCUCACUCCCCACAACACCACCACCAUCGUCGUGUGAUCUUGCUGCCAGCCAGCCACCCGCCGACGCCAGGCAGCCACCCGCCGACGCCAUGUCGCGCAACAAGAAAGCGGCUCGGAGGAGAGGCGCAAUUUUUGCCUCGUUCUUCAUGUGUUGCCUUGGGGCGUCGCUCCUGGCCGCCGCCAUGGCGACUAAGAACUGGUUCGAGUCUGACUGCAAGUCGCCCAUCCCCAGCAGUACAGGACACGUCAACUUUGGCCUCUUCGAGGGCAGGAGCAGACUCCAGUCAAUCGCCUCCAUAACACACGACCUCAAAGUGGUGUGUGAGGAUGGCAGCUGCAUGUACAGCUGUGCGGCAACCAAAGCUCUUCGCAUAGAUCACCUGAAUCUGGUGAAGAACCACACGGAACAGAGUAGCUUCGUCAAUGAACACUGUCAGUCUCCCAAAGCACUUCGGUCUCGACCCUCGCUGGAGUUCUUGCCGGCGCUCUCGGGACAGUCGCCUGGAGAGGAGACUGAUCCGCGCAGGUUACUCUUUUCCCCGAUGGCCCUCGACUUUCUCCUACGAAGGUGGCACAGUUUUGUCGACAUGCCGUUGGCGGACAUUACUGUCGCAGACUCUACUGAGAACUCGUCCACAGACGACGCCGCCGCCACGACUCCCGACGAAGCCACCGCCACCACCACGCCCGACGUGACCACCCCUGUGGCCACAACGACCACCCCUGUGGCCAUCACGACCACCCCCGUGGCCGAGAGCUCCACCCUGGAGACCAGCACCUCGCAGACUCCCGUGGAUCAGCUGGAGUUCAUGGACUACGGGUUGUGGAUGGGGACGAUAGUGUGCCUGAGCCUUGGCAUGUUGUUCGCCGUGGUGGGGGCGCUGUUCGCGGUCAUCAACACGGCCACAACGCCCGUCGAGGCUAUCACGGGAGUCCCGGGACUCUACCUCUGGAACGCUCUCGCAGCGUUGUUCAACAUUAUCUGCGUGAUCCUGUGGGCCGUGCAGUUCCACCAGCACCUCUCAGGGAACGUCCUUCUCUACGACGCCCAGGACGGCUGGACCACAGACGGCAUGGGUGUCUACGGCUACUCCUACUGGUUGGUGGUGGUCGCUAUAUUCGUCCACGUAGUCAACAUCGGGAUCAUCUUCAUGGGCACCCAUGAACCCAAAGUCAAGGAACAGCUGCAAGCGCCCGACGCCAAGGGCGGAAUUAUGCUGUAUUGAGGCGCCAACUGUCUUGGGCCAGCGACGUCGCCGCCAAAGGCGUCUUGGGCCAGCGACGUCGCCGCCGAAGGCGUCUUGGGCCAGCGACGUCGCCGCCGAAGGCGUCUUGGGCCAGCGACGUCGCCGCCGAAGGCGUCUUGGGCCAGCGACGUCGCCGCCGAAGGCGUCUUGGGCCAGCGACGUCGCCGCCGAAGGCGUCUUGUUGGGACCAUCGUACACAGUUGGCAUCACAAGCUGAAGAUGUAAAUUGACGAUGUUGUAGACUUCCAGCGUCGUAUGCUCAAGUGAUGACAAAAAAUGUCGCCGGACAAGUCGUGUAGAUAGUCAAGGAGGAAGUGCAGAUGGACACCCAGUUUGUUAUUGAAUGAAAAACAAAAAAACAAAAAAUGAAACUUCUCCAGACCUCAGUGUAGGUGUGGAUGAAACUGUAGCCUAAUAUACCUGCAGGAAGGACUGGGAGACAGAGUGGCUUCGGGCCUCUGGAUAGCAGCAUGAAGAGGAAGACUGAUAAAGAGGCUGACGAAAAUGAAGCCAGUGUAGUGUGAUUGCUGUCGCAUCAGUCGACAAAUGCCAUGAAUUAAACAGUGCUAAUCUGCAAUUAUGCUACUGGCAAGGAGUACUGUGUACUAGUUAACAAGUAAACAUUGUAUUAAUUCUUAAACACAGGCUGUCACUGGCACGCAGAAGUUAUAAUCCAAAUACAAAUAGUAAUAAUUAUUAAAAAUUUAUAUUGUAUUACAAUUAUGUAACAUUAAUAGCAGAUUAAGAACUAGAUUCGAGGAUGCUCAAGUUGAGAACAUGGACAAUGACAAAUUCGAGCACUAAAGUACCAAGGAAGUGUUAGCGAGACGCUGUAGUUCUUGUGGGCUUAAAACUGACUUCAACUGUGAAACGUCUCCCCCCCCCCCAUAAAGGCUGAGAGGGCAAGACUUAGCCUGUCCCAGGUAUCCGAGGAGUGUGAUGGUAGGUCUAACUCUUACCUUUGGCACGUUGGAUCGAGACCUGGUCGUUCUCGCUUGCUGCCGUUCAAUCUGAGGAGGACAGGAGGAGGAUACAUUUAAUCUAUACCCCAUUUGUUGUUCAAAGGCUGCCAAGAUUACACACACCCCUAGACUGACUCGAAUGGCUUAAUUAGCGGGUCAGAGCUGCUUGUUGUACCGACUCUAGUUCCUCCAGCAGACUUCAGUACUACAUGAAGGUAGACACUGCUACACCCACGGGCGCUCAACACCGAACACCCACCUACAUACACCCGACACUGACCCACUCUCACUUGGCACUGGUGCAAGUGACUGAAUUAGUAAGGCCUAACUUCUCAGUUCACAUUAUUGCAAUUUGUAGAGAGAAAAAACUGAAAAAUCAAUCAAUACUGUAAAUUUUGUGUCUUGAAUUUUAGUAGCAUUUUUAUAUUAAUAUCAACUGGCAAUUUCAAUACUCUUAUUUCGAUAAUAGGAAUACAACAUUAAUAAUAAAUUAUAUUUCUACUGCUGGUAAAUUAUUCGAUUUGGAGAGGCAGGGCUGGCAAAGAAUGAGUAUACACUUUAUAAAUUUUAGUGAGCACAUCCACACACUAAUUUAUUUAACUACUAUUCUGGGAGAUGUUAGGCGAGCGAACAUUUAAUUAACACGGCUAAUUUUUCAGAGCAACGUGAUUUGUACUCGUGAAUUUUACCCACUCCCCCCUUACACCUGGAGUGUUGCUGCUCUGUCUGUGUCUGACACACACCACACUGACACACACCACACCGACACACACCAUGCUCCUGUACCCUCCUUCCUCCGCCUCCACAAACUAGGAAUCCAUAAGCCAAAUUAUCACUAUCAUCGACAAAUGUUUAUAUUUCAGAUACUAUUCCGUUUCGUCGUUAACUUUGAACUAAGACUACGGUGAUUAGUAUCUUGUUUUAAAUUGCAUUAUAAUUGUGAAUUAAAUAGUUGUUGCCCAUUAUAUUUAAAAAAUAUUUGAUCAAAUUUGACAUAAUAAAGGCGCCCACUGAGAACGCUUUACUGUUUAAAUAUAUUUUUAUAGUUUCUUUAACUGCUAUAAAUAAUCAGUUUAGUACUUAUCUUUCAAUCAAAUUAUAUUAGUAUUAGAUAACUGAUGUUCAUAGAAAACCCUUUUAAAGUCACAGAAAACGGGAUGCCGGGACCGUCCUGGAUAACUAUACUGGCCUCUGUAGACCUGUACAUAGUAGAACAAUUUAAUAAAUAUUCUGCAGUAGUUGCUCAUCUGGGAAUUGAAUACCAAACUUGAUUCCGUAAAGUAAAUUGUGAUUCCAAUUAAGUGCAGCAAGCGGCCCCCCCGACUGCACUAAAGUGUACGAGCCUCUCCUUCACGUAUUUUGAGAGACUUCUAGCAAGGCAUUAUGUUUAUAAAAUGUUUUAAAUAAAAGGUAAUGUUAAGUGAAA